AUGGGGAACGGGUUUGCAGUGGAGCUAACGAUGGCGGCUGUAGCUGUGGGCGCGACAGAUCCGGCGGCGAUGAUGGCUUCCAUGACGGUCGGCGCAUCUACGGUCAUGGGGCGGCGGAGCCGGCUGCGGCAUCGGCUGCUGCGGCCAUGGGUGAGAUGGAGACAGCAACAAUGGCAGUGGCCUCGGCCUUGGCAGCACAGACGCAACGAAGGAUACAUUGUAGGUGGCGGCAGCUCCGUGAGGGAUGGAGCCGGUGACGUUUGCUGCAUCCACGGCUGUGCGCGGGAUGAAGGCGGCGUGACGAUGGGGUUGCGGAUGAGGCUAAGGGGAGACGACAGUGGCGAUGGCGAUGGCGCCGUUAUUCUCGCCGUCGCCACGGUCGUGGCAGCCUGCUGUGCCGUGGCUUCCGCGCAGACCAAGUUCGGCAAGCUCGUCAUCACCGGCGUCGUGCCCUGCAACACCGGCACCCUCAUCGACGUCGCCACUUCUCCGGCAUUUCCAGACGCGAACGUGGAGCUGCGGUGCGGCGGCAACGUGGUGGCCGGCGCCAAGACGAGCCAGAACGGGUCGUUCGCGAUGGAGGCAGACAUGACCAACGCGCUGGCGGCGUUUGUGGGCGCCUGCGAGCUGGUGGUGGACACGCCGCUGGUAAAAUGCGACGGGAAGCUGCCGGCGGCGGGGGCGCUGGUGUCCUACCUGCAGGGCCCGCUCACUAGGCUGCUCAGCGGCAUCUUCCAGCUCGCCCCCGCCGGCUUCUCCUUCCGUAUGAGCUGAUCCACGGCCAUCCACCCCACGCAUGACGCCUAAGUAAUGCGUACGCAUGAGAAGUGGCAAGGACGCUAAUUAAUUACGUAUAGCUCUUACGUACCAUGCAUGCCAUGGCAGUGAUACAAAAAAUGGAACGUGUGUACCGCUAGCAGCAUAUAUGGAAUAAAGAAUCCAAGUCAUGCGUGAACUAAACACCCACUCUGAUCGAUUUUCCACUAGUAUAUUGAUGCUCUCAUGCCUGUAUCUCAAAUGUGCUAAUCAUGUCUGGGAAUUGGCAGCAGGUCAAUGAGAUUUUAUUUGAGAAUAAAGGGUUCCACGAUUUUUAUAGAA